AAGCUGGAGGCCAUGCAAGAUGUUUGGACAACUUGUGGAAUUGACAGUUCAUCACUGGACCAGUUCAAGCCUGAAGUGGGGACGCAGCAAGCCGCGCAGUACAGUGUCUUUGGCUUCUCGUGGUCAAGUUGGCACGAACAGACUUGCCCACCCUUGCCAUUGAAAAGCGAUUUCAAAUUCAACUGGACAUUAUCAGUAGAGAAUACCGAGCCGACCCCAGAUUCUAAACGGAAUGCCCCACUGGACGAAGCUCUCAAAGCGUAUCCACUUACCUCCAAGGAAACCAUUUGGGACAUGAAACGAAAGAUUGCUUUUGCGAACGUUGGCCAGGCUGGCGGGAACGACGUGCGAAUGGCAUUCCCUCGAAUGUGGUGUAAACGAAAAAGUGAAGACCUCGACGAGAUCCGUAGCUGCGUUGACAAGACCUACAGGAAGGACUCGCCUAUAUCCAAUGCCUUUGAUCUCGAGCUUCACAUGAGUCUUGGUUCUCCGAACAAGUUGCAGAGUCACACUACAUUUGCCUUUACCAUGCGCAAUCCAAUCUGGCGAUCCAUUGCUGCCUAUCAAUACCUUCAUCACAACAACACCAGCAGUCAAUUGGCCCAAUCAACCCAUCCACUGAAAGAAACCUUUUACAAGCAGUGCUUCCCUACACUUGUCAUUCUACUCGACACGAUUGAUGGAAUUUACAAGCGAGCACGAGUUGGUAAAGAUGAAGAACCACCCGCUUUGGAGUAUUGCGAAGAACUCGCCAUUACCGUAUUCAAAGGAGCCAACAUCCAAGUGGGCUCAAUCAACGCCCAUUUGAGAGACAAUUACCAAUACUACUAUCAACACACUGCCAUGAACUAUCCAGAGAAGGAGAUCAUGGCAUUCCGUGCAGACCACAUUUGGGAUGACUUGGAGAAUCUGGACAAAGCCACGGGUGGACCAGGGGUACUAUUCGAGCACGACGUUGCAACUAAGGAUGCCAAGGCCACCAAACAACCUCGACACCGCAGCCUUUGUUGCGUGCUUUGGGAAGAGCUUGAAACGUAUCAGACCAUUUUGAACAGAGCUACCAACCUGGAUGGACUGAGCAAAGCCGAGAGUAUGCGGGAUGUUUGGGAAACGUGUGGUAUUGGCGGCUUUGACCAAUUCAAUGACAAAGUUGAUGAAAACGCGACAAGAGGAAAGUUUGAUCCUCCAGUAUUGUUCACGUUUUCGUGGAAAAGGUGGCAUGCCAAGUCCUGUCCUGUAGUGGGCUCAGUGCUGAUUUUGUGCUUUAGGGCACUUGUGGGUACGGUCUGGAACUAA